AUGGGUAGUACAGAUGCCCAUAUGCAACCACACACUAGCCCUAAUGUGCCUCAAGUUCUUGUGAAACCAGAUCUGUCAACUGAUAAUAAGAGCAAUCCUUCAAAAGCGCACAAGAACGUCCCAGAAGCAGAUGCAGUAGAACCCUCUUCACGUCUUGGCGCAUUUUUUGACAGCUGGCCUACACUUAGUCGUGUUAUCUCACAAUCGAACCCACACUCACACUCGCCCACACCAUCACCACCACCGUCUCCUAUUCGCACUCCGGUCAAUGAAGAAUAUAGAAACUUAGAAAGCGAUCCAAUCUCACUUUCUGGAAAACAGCUCGACUCUAACGGCAAUAAACUGAACAGCAUUGGUGUGGGUAGAAAAGUCAAUAAUUUACUCGAGCAUGACGAUGUUAAAGAAGCCGUAGCCACUCUCAACAAUGCAGUGGCUUACAUGAGUAUGUCCGACACAGUGUCCAACGAAAACCCCGAACAAGUGGCCAAGAUUUAUUCAGAAAUGCUUCACACACUAUGUGAGCCAAAGAUUUUGAAUAUUGUCAACGAAAUCUCUGGGGUCGAUCUUAAGAAAUUCCCACAAGAUAUUACAAGAUGCAUUAUGUGGAGGCUGUUUAUUAAAGUAGUUCAGGCAGGAUAUACUCUUGAGAAAGCAUCUUAUCUUGAAGUAAUCUACCAAAUUAUGCAUUAUGGCCUUUACAAACUUGCCAUAAAAGCUCUGUAUUCUAUGCCACGCAGACUUUGGGACACUGAUACCUACAAAUUGGCGAUCACACUCCAUUUGAUGCAAACCCCUCGCCAGAUUGAACAAGCCGAGUGGCUAUUGACAGAUUACGGAAAGGCUUAUCUAGAUCUGGCCGAUCCAAAAUCUCCAGCAUCAGACUCGCCGCUUAUUCGAAUUGACACACCUUUGAUGAAAAAGGUGACGGAUCAAGAUAAGUUUAAUAUGUGGAUCUUUUAUCAGGCUAGAUUAGGAGAGUCUGACUGGAUCAAAGAACGAUCUGUCUGGCAGUCCAGCCGGGAAAACAUGGUACCUCGACCUAAAAGUCUUGCCGAGUGGGUGACCAAACGUCUCGAGAGUGACACCUCCAAAAGAACAAAAGAAGAAUGCGAAAAUAUCGACGAAAACAAUACAGCCAUCUUCGUGUCCAUGGGAAACCAGCAAUACGAGUAUGGAUGGCAAAUCUAUCAAUCCAUGGGAGAACUUUUGAAUAAAUUCACCCCAAGGGUAAUUAUGCAUCUCUGCUGGCGGGCGCACAAAGAUACUCCACUAUCCAAAAAGGCAAGAAGAUCUGCAUGGGAAACGCGUGCAUGGGAAUUAUACUCUCGUUUCAUGUGCUCGGUCUACUUGACUGCACACCAGCCUGAGAUGCCUGGUUUCCUUGGAGAUCUUCUCAGUAUAUCAGCCACCAGUCCAGAGAGAGAAGAAGAUUCGCGGUUUGCUAAGACUAUGCAGGUUUAUUACCUCCUCGAACACAAUAACCUUAAACACCUUCUCUGCAACGAGCAGGUACUGACCCCUAUUCUCUGUACAAUUCUGCAUGAAUGUCAUGGUCCACCUUCUACAAUUAUGAAGAUGUGUCGCAAGGCGUUCAAUAUCUGGUACACCAAGCAGAAACUCGAUACUCAAAAUCACAUUGAGGUACCCGAGAGCUUCUCAAUCGACUGGGCACUCCUUGUUCUAUGUCUAAAAUCAGGAGAUAUCCAUGACUUCUUGGAUGUUCUGGAACAUAUUUGUCGCGUUCAUCGGACCUUACCAUCCUCACUUUUGGCACCUAUUCAGCGUUUUCAUGAUAUGUAUCUUAAUUGUGAUGCACAGCCAGGAGAGCAGCCAAUUAUCUGCUGCUAUUUUGAUCAUUAUCUGUUUCGAAAAAUACAGUACACAGACGAUCCAACUCAAACAAUAUCAAUGGAUGAACUAGGCUUUAUUGAAGAAAAUGAUAGCGGAGAUAAUUCACGUGACACAGACACAUCGGAGGGUACAGAACCAAUGGCCUAUCUCUAUCAUGCACUUCACCGACGUACGAACAUUAAAGAUUUUCAGGCAGCAAGUCUAGCGAUGGCAGUAUCUAUGGGAAUUGCCCAAGACGAAAUACUAACAAAAAAGAAAAUGUAUUGCUCAGCUAAAAAGGUGUAUGCUCUUAUCCAGCAUUGUCUUAAAGUGUCCCGAGCUAGAUUGAGAAACAAAACAGAAUGCUAA